AUGUCGACUACCGCUGCCAGAACAGACUACGGCUCAUUCUACAUCUUCAACCGCGGGUUUUUGACCAGGGACAAAGAGGUAGAGAAGGAUACCGCGAACAAGAAGCAUACCUGGUUCUCGAAGUUGGGUAAGAAGACGACUGGAUACAUGCAUCAGCUGCUUCGCGCUGGUAAUGACGAGAAACGGGGAGCGAUGAAGUGGGAGAACUUCCUCAAGUCUAUCGCAUUCCACAAGUCUCAUUCUGAUCCCACUCUAUAUCUCAUGAUGUUAAAGGAAUUCGGUAAGAAGUUGAAAGAUUACUAUGGAUGGGAGGAGGAAGAUUUCUUGAAGCGAGCAGCUGCUGCGAAGUAG